AUGUCAGACUUCAAUACCUCUGAGGUUAAGCUCUUUUUCUUGAUUGGGAUUCCAGGGUUGGAGCAUGCUCACGUAUGUCUUUCCAUUCCUAUCUGCCUCAUGUAUUUGAUUGCCAUCCUAGGCAAUUGCACCAUCCUGCUUGUAAUCAAGAGAGAAACCUCUCUCCAUGAGCCCAUGUACUAUUUCCUUGCUGUGUUGGCCAUUUCUGACAUGGGACUUUCUCUCUCCUCCUUACCCACUAUGCUGAGAAUAUUCUUGUUCAAUUUACCAGGAAUAUCCCCUGAUGCUUGCUUUGCUCAAGAAUUCUUCAUCCACAGCUUCACUGUCAUGGAGUCAUCAUUGCUUCUGAUCAUGUCCUUUGAUCAUUGUAUAGCCAUUCAUAACCCCCUGAGAUACAGCACUAUCUUAACUACUGCCAGAAUUUCCAAACUGGGGCUGGUCUUGGCCGUCAGAAGCUUCCUUUUAGGGUUCCCAUUUCCUUUGACUCUAAAGAGGCUGAGCUAUUGUUACAAAAACCUUCUAUCCCACUCUUACUGUCUCCAUCAGGACGUCAUGAAGCUGGCAUGCUCUGACAACAGGGUCAAUGUUGUCUAUGGCUUCUUUGUUGCACUCUGUACCAUGUUGGACCUGGCAUGCAUUGCUUUGUCCUAUUUGCUGAUCCUAAAGACAGUUCUCAGCAUUGCCUCUCUCUCAGAGAGACUCAAGGCCUUAAAUACCUGUGUCUCUCAUAUCUGUGCUGUACUCAUUUUCUAUGUACCCAUCAUCACCCUAGCUGCUAUGCACCGCUUUGCCAAGCACAAAUCUCCGCUCAUAGUGAUCCUCAUUGCCAACAUUUUCUUGCUGGUGCCACCCCUGAUGAACCCCAUUGUGUACUGUGUGAAGACUCGGCAGAUCCGAGAAAAGAUCCUAGGGAAACUGUUUUCCAUAUGCGGCAGAUGA